GCAUAAAAUGCGGUGUGUGGGAUCAGACACAGAAGAAGCACUCACUUUGCAACUUUGAGCAGCUUCAACAGAGAACCUCUGCCAGCUUAAACCAAACUGGAAGCUGAAAAAAAUCAAGGCAAGAAGCUCAAGGAGAAGACUCAGGAGAAACUGCAGAAAAGAUUACAAGGAAGCAAUUUAGAAAAGUAGAAGUCAGUGGCAGGUGUUGUAAUUUGCAGCAGGUGCUGUAACCACUGUAGAGGAAGUGAGUAGACUGAGACAGUGUUUGGAUAUUUUUAUCUCUCACUUUUUCCUCAAAACAAAAGAGCAGCAUGUCUCUGGAGGUGAAGGAGAAAACACAGGUGCGUUUGGUUUUUCUUGGGGCAGCAGGAGUGGGCAAGACAGCCCUGAUCCAACGCUUCCUCCAAGACAAAUUUGAGCCCAAACACCGGCGCACAGUGGAGGAGAUGCACAGCAAGGAGUACGACAUUGGAGGGGUCAAGAUCACAGUGGAGAUUCUUGACACCAGUGGCAGCUACUCCUUCCCAGCCAUGCGAAAGCUCUCCAUCCAAAACAGCGAUGCCUUCGCUUUGGUGUACGCCGUGGAUGACCCAGAGUCCCUGGAAGCUGUGAAGAGCCUCAGGGAUGAGAUCCUGGAAAUCAAGGAGGACAAAUACACUCCAAUCGUGGUGGUAGGGAACAAAAUGGACCGGGAGGAAGAGCGUCAGGUGUCCAAUGAGGACGUGCUGUCAACCGUGGAGCUGGACUGGAACAACAGUUACCUGGAGGCUUCAGCGAAGGAGAAUGAAAACGUGGUGGAGGUGUUCAAGGAGCUGCUGCAGCAGGCGAACCUGCCCAGUCGCCUCAGCCCCGCAUUACGCAGACGUAGGGAGACCUUCCCAAAAGACACCAACUUCCGGCCACCCAUGAACAAAACCAACAGCUGUAUUUUGUCAUAAUGGGAGACGGAGCAGUUGAACUGUUUUGCUUCCCAGAGAGGACAUAAGAUGAGAGGACUGAGGAUUGUGUUGUGUCAAGACAAAGUCCUGACUGUCUCUGUCAGAAUGUGAGAAUUGAAGAACUGCCUGACUGAGAUUAAUGAGUCUGGACCAACAGAGAAACUUCAGAGCACACAUGUGGGAAACUGAGGAAGAGGAGGGUGAUAAUGCUGGACUUUGAGAGAGAGCCAGUGGAAGAAGAAAGAAAAAAUUACUACUCAGUUGUUUACUCAAUGUAAUGUUGUUGCUGCUUAUUUGGUGACAUGCUGCUUGUGUUUCGAUCAAUGUAUAACAUCAAAAUGUUCAAUAGCAUCACCAUAUUAGGCUGUUUCCAACAAACUGUCAACUUACAGAAAAGUGUGUAUCUGUGUUGUGGUUUGUGCCAAGGUUGUAUGUUUGAUCUUAUUUAAUGAUUCAGCUGUAGCACAUCAUAUUAUGUUUACAAUUAUUUUGUAUCCAAGUCAAAUUUUCUAAUAGGCAUGACAUAACCCUUGUGUUUUUAAAGAAGUGUUGAAAUGCAAAAGUUAACUCUAGGUGUACUUUUCAUUUUUUAAUGAGCAUAAAAAUGU